AUGGACUAUACACGGCUGCGAGCCGCCGCCCUCCGUGACGGCGAGGCCGAGGAGGCGGUGACGGUCGACACGCGGGCUCUGAUCGACAAGGUCUUGGCCCGCUACUCGGGCGAAUGGACGACGCUCCGGGAGCUGAUCCAAAAUGCGGCGGACGCGCAGGCCACGACGGUCAAGAUCAAGUGGGAGACGCUGCCAUCGACGACGGUGCCGCUGCCGACGGUGCCGCAGCCAACAGCCACAGAUGCGGCGGAUGGCGGCGACAGAGCCUCGAGUGACCUCCUCCGCCACACGAUCCUGCACCACACGCUGCGACGGCUGUUGGUCGAGAAUGACGGGCAGGCGUUUGCGGCGACAGACUGGGCGCGGCUCAAGCGUAUUGCUGAGGGCAACCCGGACGAGACCAAGAUCGGGGCCUUUGGCGUCGGGUUCUACAGCGUCUUUGCCGACUGCGAGGAGCCUUUUGUCAGCUCGGGCAGCGAGGCCAUGGCCUUUUACUGGAAGGGCAACGCGCUGUUCACGCGCAAGCUGGUCGUGCCGGCCGACCAGCGCAGCCCGACGGGGGCGACGACGUUUGUGCUCGACUACCGCAACGCCACAACGGCCCUGCCAAACCUGCUGUCGGUCAGCCAGUUCCUGGCAUCCAGCCUGACGUUUGUGGCCCUGCAGCGCAUCGAGUUCUGGAUCGACGACUGGAAGCUGCUCGACCUGCACAAGACGCUCUCGCCGAGCACGGUCGUGCCCAUUCCACGUGACCUCAGCACACGCACCAAGGACGGGCUCAUGACCGUGGCCGCGGUCGAGUGGUCCAGCGCCCAGAUCGACGCCGUCUACAUGAACGCCGUCGGCUGGAAGCCGCCCGCGUCAGCAGUCAACAGCGCGUCGGGGUCGUCGGGCGGCAGUAGCUCGGCCGCGGCCUCGGGCAAGACCACCGACUCGUACGGGCUCUCGGCCGCGGAUAUGCCGUCGCUGCGCAGUUUCUUCUCGCGGCUGACCAGCUCGGCAACAGCGUCGGCGACGGCCCUGGCCAGCCAGCGCAGCAAAGCAGCCCGCGAGGAGAAGGCGGCCCAGGAUGCCCUGCAGCAGAACCUUACCGGGCUCGAUCGGGCGUCCAUCUUCCUCCGGGUCACCUCGGCCAAGGUGCAGACCAAGGUAGCAGCCAGCUUUGCGGCCGAGCUAGAGCGCGCGACCAAGAAGCCACCGCCCAAGAUGACCAGCAUGGCCAUCCUCACGUCAUCGUACGAGGACGUGCUCACGUCCGGCGCGAAGACGGUGGCGACCACAACCGGGGCCGACGUGUUUGCCUCGGUGCUGCCCAGCAAAAAGCCCGGCGGGCGGAUCUUUAUCGGAUUCCCAACGAUGCAGACGACAGGCGGUGGACUGCACGUGUCAGCGCCGUCGCUGAUCCCGACAGUCGAGCGCGAGGCCAUCGACCUUAACGCGCGCUGGGUGCGCAACUGGAACAUGGAGCUGCUGCGGGCGUCGGGUAUCCUGACGCGACUGGCCUUUGUCAAUGAGAUGGCCGUGCUGGACAGCAAGUUCCGGCAGCACCUCGAGAGCACCAACCGAGGCAGCAAGGGCAGCCGGUUGCCGACGCCGACGGCCGAAGACGUGGCCCGGUUCGUGCCCGAGGCGCUGCACAUUCUCAAGACCUACACGUUUGGCGAUUCGACACCGAGUGCAUACGUCGGGCAGAUCAUCGAGGAGGCCUUCUGGACGGCGUACAGGGUGCCGGCGAUCGACGUGUUCUCGACGCGCGGCGUGCUGUCGACGGCCAAGGUGCGGAUGGGCGACGAGCGGAUCAGCCGGUUUGUGGACGGGAUCCCGGUCGUGGUGGCGGAGAUGAAGGACAGUCCGUUUGUGCACAAGCUGCAUGAGUUUGGCAUCCUGCACGACAUCACGAUCGACGACGUGCGAUCGGAGCUGGAGUCGAAGCCGCUGGACCGGGAGAAGCUGACGCACUUUGUCAAGUGGCUGGCAGCAUGUGCAGCAUCUGGCGACCUGGAUCCGCCCAGCGUGCGGUCUCUGCUUCGAGCCGGCAUCGCCAGCAUCGCGGAGACGGAGGACGGAGGCGGUGGGGACGACAAUCCGAUCCAGUCGUACAUUGUCGAGCUCGACACGAUCCGCAACUUUCUGUCAGGCAACAAGAUUCCGGCCAGCCUGCCGUUGCCGCCGACGACGAUUCCGUACUCGAUCACGAGCACGAUUCCGCACAGCCAGCUGCAAGCGCUGGGCUGGACGCCGCUGGAUCUGGUGCCGUGGCUGGAGUACCUAAUGGGCGCGCGGGCGCGGCUGGGCGAGAAGCGGGACAUGACCAAGUCGGCCACAUUUGCGGCGCAGGUGCUGAUGGUACUGUCGAAGAACUGGGACAACGUAUCGGCAGCGCAGCGGCCGGUAGUGUUGGCGAUGCUGGAGGCGCAGACGACGAUGCCGACGAAGAUGGGCAUGCGACGGCCACCGGACGCCUUCUUCCCGUCGGUCAAGCUGUUUGAUGACCUGCCGACGCUGGCGCCGAGCUGCCACGGCCUCAAGGAGAAGUUUCUGGUGGCGCUGGGCGUGCGCAAGACGAUUGACCUGGACACGAUCUUCACGCGACUGCUGAGUCAGCCGACAGCAGACUCGAAAAGUGGCGGUGGCAGCAAAGGACCGGAGGUAGACAGCAAGAAAUGGAGUCACGUGGAGCUGGCCAAGUAUCUGGCAUCAGUGCGGACAGACAUUCCAGCGCGAGACUUUGCCAGGCUACGGGACUCGGCCAUCUGUCCGGCCGAGGCAGGUCCAGCAGGCAAGGAAUGGACGGUGCCGAGCACGAAGCUGUACCGAGCAGCAGAGUUGUUUGAGCCGUGUAGCGAGAUCCGGGAGCUCGGGUUUGCGAUCAUGCAAUGGCCGGGCGUGCCGGGCUCAUACCGACGCAACUCGCCGGAAGGCGGGCUCCUGUCCAGCCUGGGGCUCCGGAUCUGUCCGUCGGUGCCGGAACUGGUGGCCAAGAUGGCGUCUCCCGACCGCAACCUGCGCGACAAAGCGCGUGCCUACUAUAUUGCCAACCACCAGACGAACGGAUAUCAGGCGUUUAACAUCUCGCUGACCGACAAGGCGAUCCUGCCGGUGGCGAGUGACGGCAGCAGCGGCAGCAGCAGCAACGAGAAGCAGCUGGAACAGCUCGCACGGCCGAUGGGAUGCUACACCAACCCAGAUGCGGCAAUUCUCGGCUUUCCGAUCCUGCGGGCAGACCUACUGCCGCACGCGGCUAAAUUCGGCGUGCCGCGUGACCCUCCCAUAAACAGCUGUGUGAAACGGCUGCUGACGAAGCCGCCGCAGAGCCAUAAAGAGGCGGUGGUGGUGUUUGGGUAUUUCUCGUCACGGCUGGCGGACAUCCGAGGCGACGCGCUCCGACAGCUACAGCAGGCGCGCUUUGUGCCGGUGACCAAGCGCAGCGGGUGGACAGACAAGGGUCAGCGGAUGUCUAUGGCAACGGCAGCAGCGACAGCAAAAAUGGAACACGUCAAGCCCGAGGCCUGCUAUCUCGGCGUGUCGUCGACGUACGGCGACAUCUUUGACUUUGUGGACUUUGGACGCAGCGCGAACGCCUUUCUGUUCCAGUGCGGGUCAAAGAUGGAGCCGACAAAGGUAGAGCUGGCCCGACAGGCCUGCAAGGAGCCGGCACGGCUGCUCAGCACGCUGCAGACACCAGAACGGUACCUCAACCUGCUGCGGUCGCUGGCGGAAGACCUGCCGCGACUGAAGGAGGACCGGGAGCUGUUUGGGCUGAUGCAGACGGCGCCAUUCCUUCUGGCAUCACGCGAGGCCGUUCCGACGACGGGAGCAACAGAAACAGAAGAGGAGACGCCAGUGCGGCAGUUCCAGCUGGCGGCAGCGGGCCAGAUUGCGGUGUUGGACGACUACAUCAGCUACCGGCUAUUCAAGGACAAGCUGAUGUGUGCGCCGGAAGAGGACGUGUUGGAGACGUUUUACCUGGCACUGGGAGCGCAGGUGCUGAGCAGCAUCGUGCAGGAGGAGAUCCAGAUUGGGCGACACAGCAGCGACCAGACGCAGGCUGCGCUGCUGCGCAAAUACGUGCUAGAGCGGUCCAAGAUCUUUUUGCACGAGUACCAAAAGUACCGGCGUGACGUGAUCCGACACGACCACCGCUGGCUGGAGAAGCACCUGCGGGUAGAGAUUGUGCAGAGCGUGGCGCUGCGGCGAUCGCUGCGCGGUGGCGGCGGCACGGAGACGCACACGGAGAAGCGGUCGGCGGCGAGUGCGCGCCAGACGGGCGGUCAUGUGCUGUACAUCUCGGCACAGGGACCCGUGGACAUGUACCAGGUCGGCCAGGCGGUGUGUCAGGUGGUGCUGAACCGGCCGAGCCAGCAGGCGUACUUUUUCUUUGAGCCGUUCCUGAAGCUGGACCUGCUGGACUUGCGGGCUCGCGGCUACAAUGUUGACCGGAUCCUGCGCGAGAAGGCGGCCGAGGCACGCAUGGCCGAGGAGGAGCGACAGGACGACGAGAUGGACCGACAGCCAGACGCCGGAUCCAUGGACGGCAACAAAGGCAAAGGCCGGGUGACGACGACCGAGGGCGACGGCAACGGCCAGGAGGCCUCGCCGGAAGCCGUGCAGCAGGACAUGCGCAACGCGAUCCGGUCGGGACGGCCGUACGGGUCAUCGACGUUGUUCCAGCCGCCGAGCGAACCGACAGUGCGCCAACAAGCGACAUACUGUGACAGCAAUCAUGCGCACGACCUGGAACACAUCGGGCAGGCACCCGGCGGCACGCCCAUCUACCUGUCACGUGGCACGACCUCUUCCGUGACGGGCUUUCUAGCCGAGCGCCAACCGGCCAUUGCAGCUUUUGAGCGGCUGCUGCGCGACGUUGCCGUCGUCUACGGCCUGGCCAGCACCGUCCUGCACAUCUACCAUGAUGUCGUCGGACCGACGAUUGCCUUUAACAGCGGUGGCAGCAUCUUCUGCAACCUGCGCUUCUUCGAGCAGCUGCACGCAGCCGGCAUCCUGUCGACGGCAGCAACAGCAGUCCAGGCUCGCGUCGAUGCUACCGUCUGGUGGUGGGUCGUGCUGGCUCACGAGCUGGCCCACAACCUGGAGCCCAUUCACAAUGCCCGCCACAGCUUCUACACUGAAUCGUUUGUCCAGCAGUACUUCCACGGUAUGACCAUGCACACGGCUGCGCUCUCGGCCGGCCUAGCCGUCCAACCAGCUGCACUGCCACAGCCGCUCGUCCAGCAGCCCGACGUCGCCCUGCCACCACCGCCUUCGUAUCACCAGGCGAUGCAGACACGUGGACAGGGCCGGAGCCUGCUUGACUAA